AUGGGUCCCAGAAGACCUAGUUCGGCGACAGAUGUCGACUCACGUAUGCCGUUCGCAUCGGCGGAGGCGCUGCUAUGGGGGCCAGAGAUGAAACAACAGCACGCCCACCUGCUCACGGAGAUGCGAACACUUCAGAAGCAUCAUGAAGAAUACGAAGCCCGCAUCAGAUCUACCGAACACGUUGCAGAGGCUGCCGAAGCUGCUACGUCGAGGGUCCGACACUUGGAGCAACAACUCGCAGCGAUCGAAGCCGAAGAUGACGACAAGGCUUUCGAGAAGUGGGCAGCAGGCGAGAUGACACGCCUCGGCAUCUUCGUCGACACGAACAAGCACGUCAGGCAGAAGCAGAUCGAGCUGGAUAAUGUCGUUUCUCAUGCUCUGGACGAUCUCGACAAGCUCAAACAGGUCCCCAGGGAACUGAAGGGUGUUCUUCGACGUCUUGAUCUUCUCGAAGCUGGUCGUAAUCAAGACGCGCAUCGGAUCAAGAGUUUAGAGCAAGAAGUCACCCGGCUCAAAUCUACGCGGCAGGAUCCCAAGUCCAAGUCCAACACCGCUGGCCCACAGACCGUUUCUAAGCCUCAGCAUGGCAUGCUGAGAUCCAUGACACCGUCUCAAUUACUCAACGCCGGAACUUCAGAAGUAACAAGUGACACGGACGAUGAAGACCUGAUACUCAUGCCUGGGUUUGCACGUGAAGAAAUUCAAGUACCCCGGAGUCCAGAAAUGAGAGAAAGAGUCGCCCCGCCUCCAACACAGCUGACGGACAAGACCAUCACACGGAAGCGAAAGCAGCCUACAAAGGAGCCCCACACUCAAAGGCUGACUCGCGCUCAAGCCAAGAAGAUUCAAGAACAGGAUGCUGAAGAGCGAAAGCCGCAUGUGACAGGUAGCGAAUCACUCCUCCCACCAACACAGUUGGUCGAGCCAGCUCUUUCAUUGCGCAAGAAGCAAAAGACUGCCCAUGAUCAAGGAUCAGACAAUAUCAAGGCCACAUCCAGCACAGCGAUACGUCCCACUGGCAGAGCUCCAGCAACCGCAAAGCGCAAUGCUGCUGCAAAUCAAAGCAAAAACGCGGCGAUUGAACCCACUCAGUUGGUUACGAGAAGUCCUGCCAAGUCGAACAUACCUAAAGCCACCACUUCUCCUGCCAAGAGGAGGAACCCCUCGCCAGUUCGACCGAGCGCUGUAAAGGGGGGGCAACAGAAGUCACUCGUUGUCAUUCUACGCAGCCCGCAGAAAGCGACGGGGACUGAACGUAGCGAGAGCGAUGACAUGCAUACCACUAUAGCAGACAGAGCUAAGAAAUCACCUCGCAAAGCAGCAGCAGCGCCACUGUCACGUUUGAAGGCCAUUCCUAAGCCUUCGAGCUCGCGCAAUACGGGCAGCCGAGUUGAGCUAGCUGUUGGGUCUGGUACUAGAAAGAAUCCUCUUAGGACGAAACAAGAGAUACCGGAACUCGAUGAUUUUUGGUAUCCAUCGGAAGCAAACGAGCCUCAUUGA